UUCAUUUUUCUCUAUGCAUCAUAGCUUCCGGCAAGGAGCCUUUUUUUCCAUUCACCACCUAGAACAAAUACUUGUAGUCUGUUUUCGCUGAUGGAGAACUUCACUCAGCAUUUCGACCACAAUGAAUCUCAGCUUCCACCUGGCUUUCGUUUCCACCCAACAGAUGAGGAGCUCAUCACGCAUUACCUCCUUAAGAAAGUGCUCGACAGUAGCUUUACUUGCAGAGCAAUCGCAGAGAUCGACCUCAACAAGUGUGAGCCAUGGGAACUCCCAGUGAAGGCCAAAAUGGGCGAGACGGAGUGGUAUUUUUUCAGCUUAAGGGACAGGAAGUACCCAACUGGGCUUAGAACAAAUCGAGCUACAGAGGCUGGAUACUGGAAAGCUACAGGAAAAGACCGGGAGAUUUACAGCACAAGAACCGGAUUCCUUAUAGGGAUGAAGAAGACUCUUGUUUUCUACAGGGGAAGAGCGCCCAAGGGUGAGAAGAGUAAUUGGGUUAUGCAUGAAUAUAGAUUGGAGGGAAAGUUUGCCUAUCACUUCCUUUCUAGUUCCUCCAAG